AUGGCCGAGCUACUACGAGUAAGACAGGUGCGCAAAUCACGCCAUGACAUUAUGAGUGCCUCCGAGGCACACUCGACAUUCAAAUAUCAGGGUCUCGACGAUCAAAGCUUCACAGAAUCAGCGCUAAGGUCAAAUGUUUCUGAAGGGAAGACAGAGAGCAGAGAAGAGGACCCUCCUGCUCACAUCAAUCAAUCUAUCAUUACAGAUGAUGCGAAAGUGGGAUGGUCACCCUCUCCCUGCACUGCAGAGGAUGUUCCUUUUCCCCGCGACGCAGAAGCGGCGGUAGGCAUCAGUAUCGACGUGAUGAAAGUGGAAAGCAGAGAUUUCGCCGAGAGCAGCGAAGGCGCUCUGGCAGCUUUUAAUCGAGGCGAGGGUAGUCAUCAUUGUCACCGCGACGAUCGUGGAUGUCGAGAGGAUCGAGAGAAGGCGGACGAGGUUGGAAGUUCAUUGAGGACGCUAUCAUUGAAGACGAAAGGAGCGGCUUCCAAAUCGGCUGCCCCGCCUCCGGCACCGACACCACCACCACCACCCCCUAGGUUUCAUUUAUACGUAACUGCGCGAAACCGCCAAGGAGGUGGAGACCGCCUGACAAUGCAUUCUGGGGCGCGAAGCUGCUGGUCUCACUCGACCGACUGUCGCGCCCUUUAA